UCCUUCCUCUUGGAGUGGUUCAUAGUUCUGCACACAUUGAGGUUUCAUUAUAAACCCAGCUAACGAUUAAAGUGUUAGGUAAGGAAGAGCUAUUUGUAUACAACGAGAUGCAAAUUUAAAUUCUCAACGCGGUCAAUAUAAAUGUGUCUAUUAUAAACGCAGAGCGCGCGAGACAUUUGUUCUUAAUGUUUCAUUCAUUAAGGCCGCACUUUUGGCCAUCUUACAAACGUAUCUAAUGUAUAUAAAUUCGUUAUUGCAGCAUACUGCAAGCCCAUGCAUUUUGGUUUAUGCAGUUCACGCAUUUUAUGUGUUCGUGUGUGUGCUGUCAGUUUCUUACGUGUGUGUCGUCUUAAAACAACUUUAAGCAUGCCUAAAAGAGCCAAGAAGAAUGAGGAGGCUGUCGAAGGGGAGACUGGCAAUGGUGCUGAACCUGCAAAGAAAGAGAAAAAGGGGAAGGAGCCAGAGGCCCCAAUUCUAUAUGAAGAUCCUCCAGAUAAGACGUCCAGUAAAGAUGGCCGAGCAUCUAACAUGAAGAUCACCUCCUGGAAUGUGGACGGUCUGCGUGCGUGGGUCAAAAAGAAAGGCCUUGAUUGGGUGCGUAAGGAGGAUCCAGAUGUGCUGUGUCUGCAGGAGACCAAGUGUGCUGAGAAAGCCCUGCCAUCAGAGAUCACUGACAUGCCUGAGUAUCCACACAAGUACUGGGCUGGAUCAGAGGAGAAGGAGGGCUACAGCGGAGUCGCCAUGCUCUGCAAGACUGAACCGCUCAGUGUCACCUAUGGUAUUGCGUAUGUGCCUAAUGCCAGUCGUGGUUUGGUGCGACUCGACUACCGUAAGACCUGGGAUGUGGAUUUCCGGGCCUACCUGAGUGUCUUGGACCAGCGCAAGCCCCUGGUGCUGUGUGGAGAUCUGAAUGUGGCCCACCAAGAGAUUGAUCUCAAAAACCCCAAGGGUAACCGCAAGAAUGCAGGCUUCACCCCUGAGGAGCGUGAGGGCUUCACCAAACUUCUGGAGGCUGGUUUUACUGACAGUUUUCGGGAGCUGUAUCCAGAACAAGCCAAUGCCUACACCUUCUGGACCUACAUGAUGAACGCUCGAGCCAAAAACGUCGGGUGGCGUUUGGACUACUUUUUGCUGUCAUCAGCCUUGCUUCCAGGUCUGUGUGACAGCAAGAUCCGAAACACAGCCAUGGGAAGUGACCACUGUCCUAUAACCUUGUAUUUGGCAGUGUAGAUCAGGUUUCUCACGGCCCCAAGCUUUUCAGUUUCAUCAGUUUCAAGGAUCUAGUCCUGUUAGACCUAGAAUACUAUUUCCUUUCUAAAAACCAAAUACAGGCCCAUAUGUAGGAAUAUGUGUGGUGCAGACACAUUAAAAGGAGACGUGAAUAAAUUGCAAUUAUUCUGCUUUUAUUGGUCGCCUGAAAUCAGAUUUUGACACUAAAUUAUCACAAAAAAAUCGUAAUUUCAAGCUCUUAAUCCACUUUAUAUUUGCAAUGUUUUAAAAAAAACAACAACAUAUUUUAUCUAAAUGACAAACCCUGCCAAACUCAUCAGUGUUGAUCAUAGCAAAACGUUUUGAAGCUUGUAAAAGGAUAUAUGCAAGGAUAUAUGAUGUGUAUGAUUUGAAUGAAGUUAAAGAUCUUUGGUCUAGCAAAAUAGAUUUUGUCUUUGGUGCUAUUUUAACAUCUGGAUUUUACAUUACUCGCGAUUUAGUGAAGUUAGUGGUGGUUAAAUGUUACAUAUGCCACUUUGUUUCAAAAGACCAAUGAUUUUGCUUAUGUGCUUUUUUUUUCUCCCCGAGUAUGUCUGUCUUUAGCCAUUUUUCAGAUUUUGAAAUAAAGUAGUUUAUAAAAAAAGAA